AUGUCUACCACAAACUUUAAAUCUGGUCGAACUUCGAAUGCUUCGUCGGAAACCAACGUCUUCAGUAACCACGGAAUACUCUCUUCGUCACCAAGUUCCGGUCUCGCUCCUUCAACUUUGAUUUCUGCAGAUCGGACAAGUGGAGUGCGAUUGAAGCCACAUUUCGAUGCAACCGGCGUGAAACCAGUGACUACAGCUAAGCAAAAGUCUGGCUUUCUCUCCAUCGACGAUAUCAGAGAGACAAACGACGCACUCGACGUCAUCUUUGAAGUCUUUAGAGUUGAAGUCUACGACGGGGAUUGA